AUGACCAGUCUCGAGUCGAGGAACAAAAACAUCAAGACAAAACCAACAACAUCCUCAACACGUACAUCAGAGUCUGGUCAGAAUGCUUCUGCAAGGAAAGAGAGCGAUCCUUCCAACUUAAUAACCAACGGUCAUACAAAAUCAAAACAAAAAACUGAAUCUAAACAUCCCUCUCCGAAUAGGAAAGAAGGGAUGGGGAGCUUUCCUUCAAGACCUUCAAAAAUUCCCAAACCAACAGCCUCAACAAGAAGAAUUUCGGUUCAAGCGCACACGACUUGGCAAGAGUCUUCCAGAGAGAAUACCUCCCAUUCCAAACCGAGAGCAAAUACGGGAAGCAAAAUUCCAAAGCCCAGACAAAGAGUGGUGGCUCCUUCUUCUGGAGAUGAAAAACCACAAGCUCAAGUAGAGAGCAAUUUCAACAAAUAUUCUUUAUUCAAGGAACAAGAUUCGUCCAUGAUGAGGCAUUCAGAGACUGGAAGGCACGCUUCAAAAGAUGAAACACACAACGGAAAUAUGUCACCAAUCAAAAAUAACAAAACAACUCAAAACGAGCCUCUCUCAUCCUUGCUCUCAUCAUCUUCACUCACGGUCUCACUUUCUCAUCAGAUCAACUCUUAUGAGCAAUCACCAUUUGAUUUUAUAGAGGCUCCGAUGGAAGAUAGUAAUAAUAAUAACAAUCAUCAAAUAUCUCUUUUACAAGAGACCAUGGAAGAUAUUAUCCAAAAUAAUUUAGUUCAACCACCAGAGCAACAACCAAUUGAAAUGAUAUCAUCAGACUCCUCCUCAGAAUUAAACUUGGAGGAGUCACACCAGGAUACGCAACAAACUCAACAACAAAAUUCACAAGUUAUAACAAUCAAUGAUUUUCCAAUGUACUCGGAUAUAUUCAAUCUUUCAAAACAAGGAAAGGAUAAAGAGUUGUUUAAAUAUCUAGCUGACUUAUCGCAAAUGACAUCACUGCUAACGUCAACAAACGGAGAAGCACCAAAGAGUACAUCACAAGAUGAAGACUCUCUCUACGAAGAGGCUUACAACAAGUUCAUGAACAAGGGAGUAUUUGCCAGGUUAAUAGUCAAACCACAUAUCAAAACUCUCAAAGCCAUUGAUCCAGAGACUGGAAAUACUGCUCUUCAUAUUGCUCUUUUAGAAAAUCAAACAUCUACAGCAAGUUUAUUAUGCAAAUGUAGAAGAAGCGAUUCACCAAGCACUUCAACCAAUUCGUCAGUUGAAAAUGGUCAAAUUGAUUCCGAUUUUAUGAAUAUUGAUCAAUACAACUUUAACAAGGAAACAGCUCUUCACAUAGCCACUCUCAAAAAUUUCUCCAGUAUUGCUCACGUUUUAGUUCUUAAUGGAUCCAAAGCAUUUAACAUUCCCGAUGCUCAAGGUCGGACGGCACUACAACUAGCAGCAAUAUAUGAAAGAGAACAAAUCGCUCACAGUAUGUGUGAAUAUGGUGGUGAUAUUUGUGAAAUGUAUGAUGAUUCCAUUAUAAGGAUGGUCAACACGGAUGAGUUGAAAAAUAUUGAAUCAAAACCCAGUGAUCGAUAUGGAUUUUUUGUAGAAAAUCCCCAAAACAAAUGGACCAUCACUGAUAAAGAGGGACACCCGAUCACUGAAUAUGUUUCGAUAGAUUCAGUAAAACAACCAUCUCUAUUUCAUGAAUUAUACAAGAGAAGAAUGAAAGAAGAAAAACGUUUAAAGAAGUGGAAAUCAAUGUUUGCUGAAAUUAAAGAAAAACAUACAAAAGGAGAUUUAGAAUACUUGCCAAAAAAGUUUAAAGAAAGAGUGAGGAAAGGUGAAUAUUUUAGACUUAAAAAGAAGCCACUCUCAGCCAAAGAUGCAAAACAAAUUGAUGUAGAUAUUAAGAGAGAAUUUCGUGAACAUCGAUUGUUUGCUUAUAGAUACAGCAAACAUCAAGUGAGUCUUUUCAAUUUACUAAGAGCUUAUUGCAACUAUAAUACAAGACUGGGAUACACUCAAGGAAUGUCUUCCAUUGCAGCCAUGUUGUUGAUGUACUUGAGUGAAGAAGAUGCAUUUUGGACGUUUUGCUCAAUUAUGGAGAGUGACCACUACAACAUGCAAGAGAUGUAUUUCUCUGGUCUACCAGGAGUGAAUAAGGCGACUUAUGUGUUUUCUCAUAUUCUUUCAAAAAGGAUGAAGAAGUUUAUGAAAACAUUUGAAAAUAAUGAACAUGGAAUUCGUUUAGAUGCAUUUUGUACCAGAUGGUACAUGCUGAACAUGCUUACACAAAUUCAUUUUGACGUUGCCGUGUUAGUGUGGGAUUUAUUCCUAUCAGAGGGAAACAAAGUGAUUCACAGUGUUACUGUUGCAUUCAUGAGAUUAUUUAAGAGACAACUCAACAAAUCAAAAUGUGACGAAUCAGCCAUGUUAUUGAACCAUCUCAUUGACACAGAUUUUGAUUUAGAAAAAUUAAUGAGGAAAACACUCAAAAGCAAAAUUAAGGAAAAAACAAUUAGAUCACUGGAACAAGAGUAUGAGCAAAAACAGAAAUAG